AUGGACAGCACCGCCCCACAUGAAGAUCCCAGCCGAUGCAUGGAUCUGCUCCAGAAUACUCCCCUCACCUUGCACUACCUUACAGAGGGGAACGCCAAUGUCAUCUACAGCAUCGCCCCAAUAACCUCAGACCCACAGAUCGCCGCACACGAUCAUUGCUGUGUGCUGCGCCUGCGCAAGGACCUGCCCACGACCCGGCCGUGUAUCGAGAACCUGAGUGCCAUUCGGGAACGGAUCACGCCGCUCUUUGAGCGCGCGUACGAAGACGUGCUUAUGCCCAAGAUGUUGUACCAGCUGACGCCCGAGCUGCUGGACCAGGCCAAGCAGAUCCUUGCGGAGCUGGACGCCGAGUGCACCGAGAAGGGCCAGUCGGUGCGCGCCCUGGGAAAAAGCGACAUUUCCCACCCUGCCCUUGAAGAGGAGCCGCACGCCGUGCUGAUGCCCAACCUUCGGCACGGCGAAAACGCCCUCUUCAGAGAGUUCAAGCCAAAGUGGCUGCGGCAGAGCCCAAAUGCUCCGCCAGGAUCCCGCCGGUGCCGGACGUGCGCGGCUAAUGGCUUCAAGCGAGCCAAAGGCAGCAAGCAAGGCAAAGGCGACUCAGGCUUCUGUCCUCUGGAUCUACUCUCGGACGACCCGUCCCUUAUCCAAGCGAUUCUUGAGAAGAUCGACCGCACCCAUGGCAACUCGACAGAGCUCGUUGACGAUUUCAGGAGGCAAGUGCAGCCCGUGCUCCAUCACCUGGCAGAUCUGCAGGAAGAGCAUCACACCAAGGGCUUGCAGGACGCCAGCAACCCCGAGCAUCGAGACUAUGCCGUCGCCAUGGCGUUGCGUGACUGCAGUGUUUUCAUGGUGCUCAACAAAUCACCAGGUGGCAAACUCAGCAUCUCACGCGUGAAGCUGGCAGACCUCGACCUCAAGAUUUCAUCUUCUGGCAAUCUAGACAAAUGGGCCAAGAUGGAGAGCGAUCUCAUCUCCACAGGCGCUUACACCGACGCGACCUUGUCAGGUUCAGCCUGUGCCCUCGAGCGCCAACAGCAAAACGGAGAGGCUCAUUGA